AUGACCUGGGAACUCAACCGCCGACGGUUUGUCCGUGCCGUCAACAGCAAGUUCAUCUAUGGACGUUUGCCUCUACUCCAUACCAUCAUCCUCCUCAUCGAAAUGGCCCUCGUUGCCCGGCUGACGGCGCGAUUCAAUUCGUACUACAAUGAACGACCACUCUUGACCAUGAUGGUCACCAAUUCGAUCCUUGGUGGCAUCGCCGAUACCGUCGCGCAGACCAUCACCUCCGUGCGUGAGCGAGCGCUUAGAAAGCCAGGCGGAGUCACCAAGGACGACACCUUUGCCGUUGAGAUCCACGAGCUGGACGAAAAGAAUCCCUUUUACGACCGCGACCUUAUCCCCGAUUCCAAGAGUCUGCCUCCGCCGUUCGACUUUGAGCGACUUACGCGGUUCAUGGCUUAUGGUUUUUGCAUGGCCCCUGUGCAGUUUAGAUGGUUCAAGCUGCUUGAAAGGCUCUUCCCCAUCACCAAGGGAAGCGCAUUUGUGCCGGCCAUGAAGCGAGUCGCCUUUGAUCAGCUCAUCUUUGCGCCAUUCGGUGUGGGCGUCUUUUUCACGGCCAUGACCAUUGCUGAGGGAGGCGGCCGCCGUGCGGUUUCCCAUAAGCUGCGAGACAUGUACAUCCCUACGCUCAAGGCCAACUACGUCGUGUGGCCUGCGGUGCAGGUUAUCAAUUUCCGCUUGAUGCCGGUGCAAUUCCAGCUGCCGUUUGUGUCGACUGUUGGUAUUGCGUGGACCGCCUAUCUCUCCCUGACCAAUGCAUCCGAUUGA